AUGGAGAUGGCACUAGUGAGGGCCAACAUUGAAGAGGAAACUGAGGACACAAUGACUCAUUUUCUAAAUGGUCUAAAUCCUGAUAUUAGAGAUGUUGUUGAAUUACAUGAGUAUGUAGAAUUGGAUGAUUUGCUGCAUAAGGCAGUUUGCCACAGACAAGGAAUGGAAAUGACUCUAUUUUUGUUGCGGUUGACAGGUUCUCAAAAAUGGCAUAUUUCAUACCACGCUCAAAUUGCAAAGAAGAUUGAAAGCUAUACCAAGCAAGCCAACAAGAACAGGAAGAAAGUGGUGCUUGAACCAGGUGGUGAUUCUGAAGAUUUGAGGGCAAAUGUUUUCCAAGAAGUAGGGAAUGAUGAGAAUCCCAAAGCUGCCCAAAUACAGCGACUUUGGGCAUUUUGA